ACUCGGACGAGGAACCGAGGAGCGAACUCUACCGACGAAGAGGACGAUGAAGACGAUGAGGACGCUGCUGUGCCUGUGCCUGUGUGUGACGGCCUGCUGGGCUCAGGGCGACCUGGACUACGACGAGUACGACACGGACAAAAAGGGGCCCUCUGCAAAGAACCAGACGGAGAAAGCGGCGGUUGUCGAUGCUCGUGGUCACCGCCCGACAACGAGUGGCGGGGACACCUACACGCAUCGGCGCUAUACCCCGCCCCCUAUCAGUGGCGGCAGCAGGUACCGCGGGCGGCCCACCCCGGCCCCGGUGGGGGGGCAGAAGCAGCAGGAGAAGGCCAAGCAACCGGACGAAGGAGGAUGCACGCACGCCGCCGAGGAGAUGGGUUUUCUGUGUCCCACGGGCUGCGAGCUGAAGACGAUGAUACAGAAGCAGGAGAGGAACGUCAAGACGAGCAUCAAUGCGCUGAAGCCCCAGGUGGAUGACUUGACUCGCUCCUCCAACAACAUCUACAACUACGUCCACAGCAUCUCCUCCUCUCUGAGGGAGCGGCAGCGGGUCUUUGACGACAACAACCGGGUGGUGGGUCAGUACACCGACAGCGUGGAGGAGCAGCACGUCUACAUCAAGCAGACGGUGGACAACGUCUUCCCCUCCAGCAUCAGAGUGCUUCAGGGGGUUCUGGACCGGAUCAGACUGAAGAUCCAGAAGCUGGAGAAGGCCAUCCAGGGCCAGAGGGAGGAGUGCAAGGAGCCCUGCAAGACCACAUGCCCCAUACCGGUGGUGUCCGGGAAGGAGUGUGAGGACAUCUACCGCCGCGGGGGGAAGGACUCCCAGCUGUACCUCAUCCAGCCCGACGCCUUCGCGCCCCCCUACAAGGUCUUCUGUGACCAGACCACCCAGAACGGAGGCUGGGUCGUGGUCCAGAACCGGCUGGACGGCAGCGUGGACUUCGGCCGGCGCUGGGACGAGUACCGGCGCGGCUUCGGCAACACGGCCUACGACGUCGGCAAAGGCCACUGCGAGACUGCGGGGGAGCACUGGCUGGGCAACGAGCGCAUGAGUCAGCUGACCAAGAUGGGCCCCACCGAGGUCCUCAUCGAGAUGGAGGACUGGACCGGGGCCAAGGUCCACGCCCAGUACCGCCAGUUCACCGUCAUGGCGGACUCGGCCAACUACCAGCUGGCGGUCAACGGUUACUCCGGCAACGCCGGCAACGGCCUCCUGGAGGGCUCCUCGGAACUGUUCGGGGUGAACCGCACCAUGACGGUCCACAACGGCAUGAUGUUCAGCACCUACGACCGCGACAACGACAACUGGACCCCCGGGGAUCCCUCCAAGCAGUGCGCCCGGGAGGACGGCGGCGGCUGGUGGUACAACCGCUGCCACUCGGCCAAUCCCAACGGCCGGUACUACGUGGGCGGAGCCUACACGCGCCACAUGGCCAAGCACGGCACCGACGACGGCAUGGUGUGGAUGAACUGGAAGGGCAGCUGGUACUCGCUCAAGGCCAUGAGCAUGAAGGUCCGGCCCUACAUCGCCCCCAACCCGUACGCCUGAGGCUCACAGGAACCCGCCAAAAUAAAAGACACCAGAAAAGCUUCAAAACUCUUCUGAUAUUCAAGUGUGUGUCUUUAUUUGAGCUGUUGUCCUCCACUACUCAAUAAACUCAUUGAGGAAACUA